AAUGCAGAGAUUGGUUGGGUUUCUCGUGUCCGCGGCGCUGUUGAUUGGGUGCGCGCGUACCACCACCCUGUCGCUGGCCAGUGGCGAUCCGUGCGAGACGCCCCUAGGGCACCCGGGAACGUGUGAGGUCGUGCGGAAUUGUACCUUCGUGCAAAAGAUUCUUAACAGUCCCAACUUUACACAUCUCGACACGGAGUAUCUGGAGGAGCUCAAAUGUGGCGAGAUGAUGCACCCUACGCAAAAAAGGCCGAUCCCCUUGAUCUGCUGCCCGAGGUGGCAGAAUGUGCCCGAGUGUGGUCCGAUUCAGUUUAAGAACCGAAUCUGGGGCGGCGAAGAGACCGAGCUAGGCGACCACCCGUGGGCCGCCCUGCUGUUCUACAAUGUGGGCAAGAACCGGACCGUGCCAAAGUGUGGCGGAACGCUGGUUAGCGCAAGCUACGUGAUAACGGCGGCUCACUGCACCGUCGACCGGCCGAACUGGAAGCUGCUCUACGCAAGAUUCAGCGAGCUCAACACGAGCAGUACGCAAAACUGUACGACGAUCGAUGACAAGGAGGUCUGCCGGCAGGAUUACGACGUGGAGGCGAUCAUCCCGCACCCGCUGUACGAUAUGAAGAAUAUUUCCCGGCCAAACGACAUCUGCCUGCUGCGGCUGGCCCAGGACGUUACGUUCACCGAUUACGUUCGCCCGAUCUGCUUACCGUCCGAUCCCGAGAUCCGACAGAUGCCCUUCGUCGGCGAAGAGUUUACCGUCGUAGGAUGGGGCGAAACGGAAACAAGACGGGCAAGUGAUGUGCUCCUGCAGGUAGACCUUCCCGGUUUGAGGAACGACGACUGCAGCAUGGCUUAUGCGGUGGCCAACGUAACGCUAAGCGAUAAACAGCUUUGCGUCGGUGGUCUUAAUGGAACCGACUCGUGCCGAGGCGAUUCCGGUGGGCCACUGAUGAGACAGGUGCCCGGAGAUCGGUGGUAUUUGGUCGGAGUGGUUAGCUUCGGGGCUCGAUUCUGUGGCACCAAAAAUCUGCCCGGAGUGUACACCAGUGUGGUCAAAUAUUUAGAUUGGGUAGAAUCGGAGGUGUAUGAUGGACAAUAUUUGUGAUUGCUCUCGUCACAAGAGAUGAUUGUCUGCCGCCGAAAAAUGCCGAUCGAUCGAUCGAC